AUGGAUAAAUCAAAAACAGAUUACUCCCUCUAUCUGGUCACAGACCAGACGCCCGCCAUCCUCGGCGGCAAGGACAUCGUAGCGGUUGUCGAGUCGGCACUGAAGGGCGGCGUUACAAUCGUACAGUACCGCGAAAAGCAUGCCGAUACCGGCGGUAUGGUCGCCACGGCGAGGAGGCUGCAUGCAGUGACCAAAAAGUACGGCGUGCCUCUGCUCAUCAACGAUCGUGUGGAUGUCGCGCUCGCGGUCGGAUGCGAGGGUGUGCAUGUUGGGCAGGACGACCUUGAUCUCGCGACUGUCAGACGGCUGCUGGGUGAUGACAAGAUCAUUGGUGUCACGGCAAGCAAUAUCGAAGAAGUACAUCAUGCGGCCACCGGUGGUGCGGAUUAUCUGGGCAUAGGGACUGUGUUCGCGACUCAGACAAAGGAGAACACCAAGUCCAUCAUCGGUACCACCGGUCUCCAGCAACUACUGGGCUAUCUGCGCACAUCGAAUUCCAAGGUGAAAACUGUAUGCAUCGGUGGCAUAAACGCCUCGAACGCAUCGCGGGUCAUGUGGCAAUCUGCCAGCCUCAACAGGUCGCUGGACGGCAUCGCCGUCGUCUCUGCCAUCGUAGCCGCACCUUCCCCAGAGUCGGCAUCGAAAGAACUCCUGCAGCUUGUCAAGACGCCACCUCCCUUCGCAAAGUACUCCCCGUCUCAGGCACAUGUGUCGAGGUCGGUCGAGGAGAUCCUAAAGCUGGUCCCGGAUAUCAUUCGAAAAGUCGACGAGACCAAGCCGCUCAGCCACAAUAUGACGAACCUGGUGGUCCAGAACUUCGCGGCGAACGUCGCGCUCAGUGUAGGCGCCAGUCCGAUCAUGGCCAACUACGGAGAGGAGGCCAAGGAUCUAGCGGCGCUAGGUGGUUCGCUAGUCGUCAACAUGGGAACAGUCACACCAGAGGGCCUUGAGAACUAUCAAAAGGCCUUGAAAGCGUACAACAAUGCUGGUGGGCCGGUAGUGUUUGACCCUGUCGGUGCCGGUGCGACGGCGGUACGCAGGGCUGCGACCAAAACCAUCCUGAACGGUGGUUACGUCGACGUGUUGAAGGGCAACCAGUCUGAAGUCUUGACGUGCACGCCUUCGGGCUCCUCGCUGCAGCAGCGCGGUGUCGACUCGGCGUCUGAUUCGUCCGUUUCCGAAGACAAGCUCGGAGCCACGGUCAAGGAGCUCGCCCAGCUCCGCCGCAACACGGUCGUCAUGACGGCCAAGACCGAUCUGGUCAGCGCCGGCGGCAGCGUGUAUGCGGUCGACAACGGCCACGAGUAUCUCGGCAUGGUGACGGGGACAGGGUGCUGUCUGGGGACGACAAUCAGCGCCAUGGUAGCCGCGUAUCCAGAAGACAAGUUGGCGGCGACGGUGGCGGGGCUGUUGUUGUAUGAGAUCGCCGCAGAAAUUGCCGCGGAGAGGCAGGACGUAAAGGGACCUGGCACGUUUGUGCCAGCGUUUUUGGAUGAGCUGUAUAACUUGAGGAAACAGAUCGUAAAGGGUGAUGACGGUUGGAGAAAGAGGGCGAAGGUACGUGUUGUCUCAUAG